AAUCAAAGCUGCAGCUCUCCCAUACAAGUACUUUGUGGGUUGGGGAAGCAUGACAUCAUGCUCAGCUCCAACCCUCUCUGCAAAAACGAAGAGUGAAGCUUCUUAUCUUUCUCAUUAACGCAAAGAUACGAUGACCGGGGAUCCGUCUGCGCGCUGAUAUUAGGCGCUCCCAUCCUUAAAACAAACCGUGCGUCUGACCCCUUUGAGUGUGGGAGAGAGAGGGAGAGAGAGGGUGUGUGUGCGUGUGUGUGUGUGUGUGUGUGGUGGUGUCUGGGAGGGGCAUCUGUCCGUCCGUCUGUCCGUCUGGGCAAUGGCGGAUGAGGUGGCCACCGUAUCAGUGGAGACGGACAGCGGUGAUGGGGACUUAGCAGAAUAACAUCCCAGUCUGCAUUCGUCUUUUCUCUGUUUAGCUUGGUAUUCAGCUCUCGCCAUGGAUCCAGAGAAAACGCUGACGUUCUGCCUCGGGCUGAAGGCUGAGGAGGUAAACGCACAGCUUUCCUUUGAUACAAACACAAACACUGUAGCUUUCAACAGCUGGGGCUUCACUCAAUCCUGCGGAGCAACAUGCUUCCCUCGGCCUGUGUGUAGUUGUUGACAAACAAUGACCUCAACUGACUCUACUCUCAUCUGUCGUUUCUGUCUUUUAUUUUGGUUUGGUAGAUUUCAUUUUUUUUGCACAUAGUGGAGGAGACAAUAGGUGCACUUUUUUGCAGCACUGCAGCAAAUGUUUGGUGACCUGUUAAGCCAGUCUCGUGGUUUGUAAUUGAGAGUCAGUGAAGAAGCUAUUUUUGGCUAAUGCAAUACAAUGAGUUGAAGAGGUGUGGACCUUUCAAAUUCUAUGUUAUGCUUAUAUUAUACAAAUGUACCUUGUGCUGGCAUGUUUUGAUUAAUUUGGACACCUACAGGAGUCAAUAUUCUUUAAAUAAAUGCUCCAAGUUAUGCUAUGUAUGUUUGAUUUCAGUGAUAGUAUGUGACUUGUUGGGAAAUGUGAUUGAUAUUCUUGAUAGUUUCUUGCAAAGUAGCUGAGAAAGCUUGUGUUUCUGCACCAAGGAUUUAACUCUAAUUUAUGCUGGCAUGAUUACAAGAGCUUUUGCUGCCAGACACUUCGAGCAUAAUAAAUCUAAUUUAUAGAAGCUUGUCCGACAGAAAAAAACAGCAUAGUGCUGAUUCAGGUAACUACCCACUCAAUACUUGAGAUUAUGUUUCCUUGAUACAAGUCUGUUGUCUGAAAGUUUCAGGGCUUUCAGGUACCGUAUUUUUGGGUGACGGCUUUUUGAAGUCAGUAUGUUGAUUUAGAUGAGUCUCUGGGACCCAUUUGAUAACAGCUCAUCUAAAACAUGUUAUUGUUGUGAGGCCUGAAUGAACAUUGUAUGUAGGGCUGGGCGACAAAACGAUAAUGAUAGAUAUUGAAAUUUAAUUUCCACUUGAUAUCAAUAUAAAACAUGGUCAAUAUGCUUUUUGAUAGCUGGCAUUCUGCCAUGUUUUGGUUGACUUUCGAAUAGCCAAUUAAAAGGGGAGUUGCUCUGGGUCCGCUUCUCAUCAAACCAAUGAUGUGCGGUAUUAGAACCAAGUAGCAAACAACUGCAUAGUAGCAGGCUGCAGCUACACGCAACCAUCGUACUGUCGGUGAGAAUAAAAGAAAAUGAGUGCUUUCCCUGGCAGAAAUGCAGAUGGAGGCUCAAAACAGCUGAAACAGCCGACCGUUCAGUCCGCUUUCUCAAUGCCUUAUGAUAAAAUGUAAGAGACACAAAGACCUCACAGAUGCAGUAGCUUAUUGUAUUUCAAAAGCCGUGCUACCAAUAAACACUGAUAGAUUUCAUUUUUUAUAUCGUGAUACAUAUCGAUAUCGACUGAUAUGAAAAAAAUAUAACGUGAUAAACUUUUUUCCAUUUCGCCCAGCCCUAACUGUACGUUGUUUUUGGGUUUCAGCUUCUCUGGGAAUCUCCAUCCAUUUAAUGUUUUGGGGGGAAUUUUAGUCUGCAGAUAAAGACACAAUAUCAUCAAACGUUCUUCACUGGUUUCCCGUCAUCUAGUCCUGUGUUGAAGGUGAAGGUGUUGGUGAAGGUGUGUGGCUCUGCUAUUGAGAGUUGUGAGUCUCCUGGGCAGGAAAUCAUUUGUGGUUAGUAUGUGGUCUCUGGGGGACCUCUGGAUGAUCCCCUCACAGUCAAGUGUGUGUACUCAGCGAUGUGUGGUGGGCUUACCACAGGAACUCGACUCCCCUCUGUCCCCGCUUGACUCUGAGUUUGACGAUGAUAGAAACUUACAGAGGAAACACCUGUGGUUUUAUUUGACAGUUUGAUAAUAUAUGCAGUGUGAUUUGUACAUGGGGUUUUUAUUUCUCUGCAAAGUAUUGGGAGGUAGUUGAGUUGUUUGCAGGGUUUUAGUAGUGAAGAAGUUGAUGUUAAAGGGAUAUUCCGGCGUAAAAUUAAUUUAGGGUCAAACACACCUUUACACCGAGUUAGACACCACGUUGAGAGAUGAAUGUUGCCGACCGCUUGCUUCUCUAGUCAUACCAACUUAAGAAACGACCGCACGAUAGCAAUACAGAGAGCCACUAGCUCAACCAAAAAGCCACUCUAUAGUAACAAAUAAUACUCAGAACAGCACCUAACUUCAUCAACAGUACAUAUAGGGUCUCAGCCACUAAACAUCUUUUUAGCUUUGCCUGAUUUCUUUAGCAAAGAGACUAAACAUAACUCACCCACUCUUUUCCAGCAGCCACUCGUUUGUAGCGAGACCUUGGACCAGUCCAUUACGGACUGCAGAGGGGUGAUGCAGCUCAAGGAAAAACAUUUUUCACAAACAGAUCCAUUUCUUCAAGGAUCUCUCUAAUGAACCAAGACAGUUUCCAAACAUUGAGCUUGAAUAUUGCGUUCACACAGAUGUUAGUGCAUGCAUGGAAACUCCAUCCAGCUUCUGUAAAUGCUUGUGAAAGUCAUCAAAGUGCCUCCUGCAACAAUAUCAAUACUUUGCAGGAAACUUUCUUUUUAGUCCACGAGCACACAUUACUCUUCCACAAAAGGCAAUUUUGUGGCAAAUAGAUGUAAAGGGGGUGUUUGUAUUUCUUACAGAUGCAGUGUGCAGGGUUCCUGGCAUUUAGCGAGAUUGACUUAAAUAGAGCACAGUAUUCAAAACAAUAUUUAAACUAGCUAAAUAUAAAAAUCUGUUUGUUUUUGUUAGCCAAGAAAGAGCUUUUUAUUCCUACAAAGGAGCAGGUUGCUCUACACAGAAGGUUCCAUCUGGUACCAGUACAUGGUAUGUUUUAUGUAUUUGGUAAGUGGCUGUGCAAAGUGCACUAAUUGGAAGACCAAGAAGAAGGUAGUUUUAAUGUUUUUAGACUGGUAGCCACUUGCUUUUUUGGUUGCCUCAGGAUGGUGUAUGGAAUGAUCUGCUUACUGAAAUUUUUGCUCACUUCAUGCUUUGUAAAUUGACAGUGGCUGUAAUCCUGAACCUGUACUUGUCUGAACACACUCAACAUUUUAGUCUGGGGGCCAGCAUUGUUCCCUGUGCUGACUACAUAAUCAGAAGCCAGUUGUUAACAAAAGAGGUCUCAUUUACAUGGCUGCAAAGCUGUGAGCCCCCUGAGUGCCCACGUUGUUUUUGACAGUGGGCCCACAUUCAGCAGUUGACACACACACACACACACACACACACACACACACAGUCUUUUUUUUUUUUACUCACUGUGUGCCUGCAUGACAUUUACAGAGGCGUGAGUGACACCCUGAAUUUUUAAAUCUGCUUGGUGAUUGAAUAGCAUUUAAAUUGGGUACAUGCACAUAUUGCAUCGAUUCUGCUGUAGAUAGAACGCAAAUCAUCACGUGGUUCCCAGAUUUUGGACAUUCCUGUUUUUUCUGGUUUAUGUUAUUGGAGUUCAAUGAUUUUAUUUUUCAUUGUCCCCUCUUUAUCCCCCUUUUUUUUUUUUUUAAAUUGUGAUGAUUGUUGAGGAAAGUGUGAAAGAGGAAAGAGUAAGCAUUAUGAUUUAACAAAAAUUACAAAAAUAAUAAUAAUUAUAAUAAUAGAGCAAAAAAAUGGGAGGAGGGAGGAAAAAAAUUAAAGUAAUAAUGAUUAUAAUAAUAAUGAUAAAUAACCAAAAUUAAAUAAUAAGUAGGUAAAUAAAUAAUAGAGUAACGGGUAAAUUUAUUAUAUAUAUAUAUAUAUAUUUAUAUAGUAAAUAAAUAUAUAUAUAGUACUAUAUAUAUAUAUAUAUAUUUUUUUUUAUAUAUAUAGUACUAUAUAUAUAUAUAUAUAUAUAUAUAUAUAUAUAUAGUAAAUAUAUAUAUAUAUAUAUAGUAAAUAUGUAUUGGAGUUGGAAAAAAAUUGGAGUUCCAUGAUAGUUAAAUGAGUUUAGCAUUUUGAAUUCACACGUUCUGUCUGCUAUCAUAACCCACGAGGGAGAAAUCUGUUUUGGUGAAAAGCCAUUUCAUUUUUCAUCCUUCACAAGCCAGGAGUGUCAGGCAACCAGAGUGUGUAGACCAGAAAAAGAGGCUUUACAAAAUGACCCUUUUACCGGAAAAUUACCUCUGCGGUUCAGUGUCAGUUCAAACAUGCAGUGUAAAGUUGUGGAUUUUUCUUGUGCUUUCUCUUGUUUCCUGUUUCCCAUCUUCUAAAUCAUUGCACCCCUGUGUUUUUUUAACAGAUGACCAUGUCCCUGCAUGUGCUAGGUGGGACUGAAGCUGCCACGGUAGGAAGCUUGACCUUCAACCACAACUAGACGUUUCAUACCACUGGAUAAUACAGAGCAUUGUCCACAAGAAGAAAAAGCCUCCAAGCGUUACCACAGUGGUUGCUAUGGCAAUCCAUAAUUACUUGCUAGCAGAUCUGAGUCUCAUGUGUGGUAACUAUGUACAUAACAGAUAAAAAAAACUCUCCUUUUGAUUAUAAUUGGGUUUUUUAGUUUCAACCCUAGUACUGACAUUUGACAGCUUUUCUUGGAGUGUUGAACAUUUUGUAUGAAAUUUCUGAGUUAAGUUGUUCAUUCUUUUACUCUUUGUUGCUAUGACUUGCUCUUAAUUGAAAUGCAUCUUUAGAUUUUACAGAGGUCAUUUCGUUUCUUCUCUUAGGUGGCUGUUUCUCAGACGGAGGCUGUUUUGCAGACAGAGGCUGACACGCGCUCAGUCAGUAAGGUGAGAGAUUUUAAAAAAUAAAUGUUGCUUCCAGCAGACGUACUCUUACUCUUAUUAUUGUACUUUUUUUUUCACAGCCAAACAGCACACAGACAAAGAUAGCAACUAGUGGGUGAUCGUAGUAGAUCAGCUGAUAGGCCCAUAUGAAAAACCAACCAAAACCAAAUUAGCAUUAAUACUUUUGUUUGUUUUUUAAUCAGCGCUACACAGUAAAUUACAAAUAUAUCUUUAUCUUUAUAUGACCAUUGAAAGCCUCAAUAUUGUUGUCACCUCAUUUUGAUAUCACAAUAUAUCACUGUUUUUCAUGUCGUGCAAGGCCUAUCACCAGAUUUGCUGGCAGAGGGCACCAAGUGUGGUCGCGAUUAAAGUUUUCUCAGAGAAAAAUAGAUUAAUUGUCACAAAUUAAAAGAGACAAAUGUUUUUAUUGGUAUUAGACAUCAGAUACACACACCAAGUUUUCUGGUUAAAUCUUCUGAAUUUUUCACAAGGCAAGAUAUUUGUUCAAGAGAAUAAAUCCAAAUACCGCCCUAACGUUUACAUUAGACACUAUGAGAAAUACGUGCUCUGGUUGCUGGGUAGUUUGCCACAUGACUGCAAAUUUUCACUUGGAAACUCUAUCAGCAAAAAACAGAAAAAAAAGCAAAAUAUUUAUCAUCAUAAAUGAAAAAAAUACAAACAAACCUAAAGAGGGACUUGAUUAAAGGUCACAAUUGUCUCGUCACUUGGUACUUUUCAGGCUGAUAAACUCUCCUAAUAAUACUGUGAUGACUUUCUGUUCAGCUGUGUAAUGCUGUGUUUUCUCCACUAGGUGGUGAGGCCUCAUGCAGGUUCUGGCAGUAGGCCCAUCAGUCCCAAGUACUGUCCUGGGGUAAACAACAAUCCAGGUUACUUGUGUGAGACAGGACACUGCUGUGGAGAGACAGGCUGCUGUACCUACUAUUACGAACUCUGGUGUGAGUCCACAGACUGACAUCUUCUCCUUUGAAGGGUGAUAGAGGUAUUUCGGGUGCCUUAUGAAUGGACUCCUGAUAUUUGGCUCGAUGUAUCCAGCCUGGAUAAGCCAACAAUCUGCUGUAUUUGAAAAAGAAUCUGGUUAGGGAAUUUGGAAAAGAUUAUUUUGAGCUUUUGCUUCAAGCUCCUGUGAGGAACUUUCUGUCUAUGUUAAUUUCUGCACCCCCUGUGGACAAAGUUUUAUAUGUAUAAAUACUUUCUCAUGUAUAACUGUGAGUCCUAUUGCAUUUUACAAUGGUUGUCAUUAUUUUUGCUCUAAAUUUAGCUCCACAAACAAAGUCAGAUUGAAUGCUGCUGUGAUCAAAAUAACACUUCCAGGCAACAUGCUGUAUUAGUUACUGAUUAAAUCUGAUUGUUACGUUUAGAAAUCAAAGAUUUUGGUUUAAAACACAGUUUGCUUCUUUCUAGUCUGAACAGAUUGGAGUUACAGUUCAGUAAACAGCCUUUUUUUUUGGUCUUUCCUAUCAAAGAACCUCAGGGGUCACUGUGUUAUUUCCUGUUUUCUGCAGGGUUCUGGCUGCUUUGGACAGUUCUGAUCCUCCUAAGCUGUUUCUGUGCAUACCGCCAUCGCCGGGCCAAACUGAGGAUCCAGCAGCAGCAGAGACAGAGGGACAUCAAUCUGAUUGCUUACAAUGGAGCCAGCAACUACCCCUCUUCAAUGCUGGACCUCAGUAUGUCUAUUUAUGUUACUUCAUGUCAUCUAUUGAGCUUAUUGUGAGAGUAGCCUUAGGUUUUGAAUAAUGUUAUAGAGCAUUAAAUCUUUUAUUUUGACAAACUGAUUUUAAACAUUCGAACCUGUGUUGUCGUAUUUGGAUCAACUUCUGCUGUUAACCCUGCUGCAAGUCGGGUUAAACCACUAGGUGAGCUCAACAUAUCCAGGCUUUAUUUGCGUAAAGUGGCUUUAAAACUCCUUAAGCUCUGAUCAGAGAUAUCAGACAAAACUAAGUUUGUGAUGAACCUUCUCUGUCUACUCAGGCUUUCAGCUUUAGCCUCUGUGUGUGCUCACAGAAUAAAGCGGCUUUUAUCACAUCAUUUAAUGCUUUGUCUGCACACUGACUGUCUGUCUGCCUCAGUCAGUCUGAUAUAAUGAGAAGAGAUGAUGCACGUUUGAAAGUUAUUGUCGUUAAAAUUGGCACUGCUGCUGCAAAUCAGGGGCAGAAAGAACUCCUGCAGAAAAUGAGAGUUACUUCAUAAAUAUGUAUAUAAUACAGCACAAAUGGCACACACAAUUUAGGCUGUACAGUAUAUGCAGGAAUUUAUUCAUGUUUGAUACCUCCACUUAAUAAAAGAGAGCAGAAAACUUCAUUGGCCUGUUUGGCCUAAGAGCUGCCUGACUGGGUUACUAAUAUGAUUUAAUCUGUGAUGAAUAUUAACAGACCAAUAUAUCAUAAAUGUGGUUCUUUUGUCUGCAGAACCAGCAGUGUCUGGGCAGGAUUCUAGUACCAAGCAUAAAAAUGUAAUCUAAUGUAAUUGAUAGGUGCUGUGCCAUUAGUGCUAUUUUACUGUAUGGUUGAUCUGCUGACAAUUAAAGGGAUAGUUCAGCGUAAAAUUAAUUUAGGGUCAAACAAACUGUAACACCAAGUUAGACACCCCCUCUAGAGAUGAAUGUUGCAGACCGUUGGUUCUCUAGUCAUACAAACUUUAGUAACAACCGCAGAAUAGCAAAACACAGCGGUCUAAGGAGCCAUGAACAAACCUCAACCAAAACGCCACUCUAUAGCCACAAAUAAUGUUCAGAACAGCACCUAACUUCAUCUACAGUACAUAUAGGGUCCUAUCCACAGCACUAGCCACCAAAUAUCUUUUUAACUUUGCCUGAUUUCUUUGACAAAGAGACUAAACACAACUCACCUACUCUCUUCCAGCAGCUGCUUGUUUGUAGCGAGACCUCGAGCGAGGCCAAUAAUAUGAUGACUAUUACUUCAAGGAAAUGAUAAAGAAAUGAUCAUAAAUGUUCUUCCUUGAGCUGCGUGACCCCGCUGUAGUCCGUAAUGAACGGAGGUCUCACUACAAACAAGCGGCUGCUGGAGGAGAGUAGGUGAGUUGUGUUUAGUCUCUUUGCUAAAGAAUCAGGCUAGUACUCUGGCAGGGACCCUGUAUGUCCUGUUGAUGAAGUUAGGUGCUGUUCUGAGCAUUAUUUGUGGCUAUAGAGUGGCUUUUUGGUUGAGGGUUUGUUUAUGGCUCCUCAGACCGCUGUGUAUUGCUAUUGUGUGGUCGUUACUAAAGUUGGUAUAACUAGAGAAGCAAGCAGUCUUUAAUUUUACGCUGGAAUAUCCCUUUAAAGUGUAAAUUGUACAUGAAACAAACAGGAAUAGAUGAUGGAAACUGAGGAAGGCAGAUGACAUUCAUGACAAAGUGAAUUAGAUGAAAUCAAAAUAAAUGCAUGUAGGCACCCGUGAUGUUAAUCAUACAGUGUCGAGGGGAACCUUGUUUCAUAAUAAACUCCUCCUUGUCUUCCUGUUAUCUAUUUUUAAUAUAAUAUCUGCUAUUAGCCAAACCUGCAUAUAUAGAUCAUGGUAAUUCAAACUCAGAGAGACUGUAUCAGACCAUGCAGAAUGUGCUCAUGACAGCUAGAGGUUUGGCCUGGAAAUUAUGCAAAAGUACAUACUGUGCUAAGUUUGAAUAAGUAGGAAACUGGAUACAGGCUGUGACUUGCUGCAUAAGGAUGAUAAAUAGCGUUGCAUCUGACGUUUUAUUCAUCAAAAAGCCAAUUAGCAAACCACCUACUUCACUUAAUUUAUUCAGCCUUUUUCCUGGCAGGUUUUCUGGCUUCAUUCAAGUUGCCCUCCUACGAGGAGGUGGCAGCGCAGCCCACCACCCCUCCUCCGCCUUACAGCUCUGUCUUCGCCUUGCAGGGAGGUUCCAUGGGGGGUCCUAGCUCCUCUUACCUCCAUUAUCACCAUCAUCGUCACCCCUGUCCACCCUACCUUGGCCGUGGCCCUGGUCCUAGUGGUCUGACUUCCUCCCAGAGCUCUGACAACUACACCAGCUGUUCCUGUGAGUCGUGCUCCAUCACCUCCCCCUCCAGUACCUCUUUCUCUGUCCAGGUGACAGAUGAGACAUAUAACAGCAGCCACAUCUCCACACCCAGUGAAGCAGGGGGCGACUGCAUUGGCAUUCCAAGAGUCGGGGUUAAUUUCACGUCUACUCCAUCCCCGCCUCCUCCACCUCAAAUCCCGCCUGAUGUGAUACCUGCGGUCACUCCUGAUGUUGUACCUUUGCAAAGACGGUCAUCAAAUGGCAAUGAAGGGGUCUCAUCUUCAGCUGCGCCCCUCUCUCUUUCUCUGCACACUUGUCCCUCACACCCAUCGCGUCUCUCACUUUCUCCCCUUAUCCUAUUAUCUUCCCUCCCUCCCAGUCAGGUCCACCCCCUCGUCUUCUCAGACCCCGUCGGAGCUGUGGCUGUUCAAAAAUAUAAAGAAGAGGCUUCAUCUUGUGGCCUGGCCUCCAGGUCCACUGUGUCUGCCGCUCCACACGCUCUUCUGUCCUCAAAUAUGGCUGCUUUUACACAAUCCAACAGCAGAGAGGGGCAGAGGCAAGAGGAGGAGGAAGAGGACGAGGAAGACGAUGAAGAGGACCAUUUCCGCCAUCGCCGGUUAACAGGUGACUCUGGCAUUGAGGUAUGUCGCUGCCACUUGAAAAGAGAAGAGGAAGAGGAGGUUCGGAAAGGGGGUUUCGGUAAAGGAGGGGAAGGGGCUGUGAAAGAAGUUGAGAGGGCAGACAUGCUGCAUGACAGCAUGGACUGUUCUUUCCGAACCAAGGCCGCUGUGCAGUCGCCAAUGCUCGAUGGUUCCUCGUCCUCCAUUGUAACCAAGAAGGCGGGGGAAGCCUUCAUCACUGUGGAGACAUCUUAAGCUGACAGCAUGAGAGAUGCAGAGGUGGAAAAGUCUUUCUUGAGCAGAGAGUCAGGAUGAGGAAUAUACCCUCUUGAUGUCUUUGUUGCGUUUCAGAUGAGAAGCUCAAACAUCUGAACGACCUUGGAGAGUUAAUUUAUCAGCGGUUUAAGAGAAGGGGUUACUUUUUCCUCUAAAGUGAUUAAAGUACUAUUUCCUCUUUCUCUGCCUUCACUUUCCCACAUGAUAACCAAAUCAUUUCAAAACUGCUGUUUUCAAAUGCCAACAUACCUCUUCCAUUAACUUGUCAUCUCUUUUCUCUUCCCUGUAUGACACAGCGCAGUAAAAAAGAGCAUCAAGCUGUUCGAAAAGAAAUCCCUGAGAGUCAGUGGUUCCUAUCCUUGGGAUCAGGGCUUAUCAAAGGAUUUCUAAGAUAGCUCAGACAUAUGAUAUGGUUAUUAACUGUAUAAAAAAUGACACAGAGCGGUCCCACUUAAAAAAAGAAAUAUAUAUAUAUAUAUAUAUAGGCCAUAUGUAUGUAUAUAUAGGCCAACCUGCUGAUGUUUCUCUUACUUUUUUAAAGAAACAAUCACAGAGGCCAAAAUCAAUCUUGUGUGAACCUGCUCAAAACGUCAAAAGUCACACAGAGAAAGGUCGGGAACCAUUUCUCAUACUGCGUAUUUACUCCGGUCAUCCUGGGCUGGUGGAUCAGCACGCUUAGAAAUGAAGAAGACUGUUCAUUACUUCUUGUCUUGGGAAAAAAAAACAACAACAACCUUUCUUAUGUAUCCUUGGAGAACUACUACAUGAGGUUAAAUUCCUGAACUUGCAUUUUCAGAGGAGCAGCUUUUGCAUUUGUGUGUGGGUCACAUGAUGUGAUCUUGAUUUAUCUCUAACUUUUGAGAAUUCAAUUUAAUGACACAAGGCUUACCUGUGACUUUUUUCGUACAUGUGAUGAGUAUCUGCUUUCACCAGCUUUAUCACUUUGACAUUAUAAGGGAAGGCGACUAUUAUAGCUGAUAAACAAGGUGUAGGUUUUAACUAUUGUGUCUUAUGUUGCUCCCUUGAGUAAUGUGGGUGCAUUAAUUGUUAUAAAAAGUGUUGGUGGCAAAGCUUUACAAUGGUUUGUUGUUUCAGACUGUCACAUGAUUAUACUGUUCAAUGAAAUGACUGUUUGACUUUGGAUUAAACAUGCCUGAACAUGUUCCUGAUCGUUGGUCGCCCUUUUUGCAAGGCAAUGUAAAUCUGAUUCCUCCGUCGACCCGUUGUGUUUUCUACAAGGCAGAAACUUAACUCUUAAUAUCGUCAUCGAUAAUGAAUGUAAAAGGUUAUGCAUCGCAACAAAAAAACGUAUAUACUUACAUUGUUUACGGAAAACUUUUAUAGCAUGUUGCUUUCCUGAAAACCUCCACAGACGAGUCAGAAAGUGCAGCAAGGCAAUACAAUCUGGCUUGUGUGAGAUUUGAGCUGACACUUUGAAGUGAAGUGUCCAUUGUGAUGUCUGUCUAAGUCCAGUAAUGCUUGUGAAAUUUCAUUGGUGUAAAUGUACAAAACGGUGAUUGAAGGUCACUCUAGGAAUAAUGCCUCUUUUAUUUUUGCUGUGGCUUAUUCUCUCACCUCAGACGCUCAUAUCCUUAGGUGUGUCCUGAUUGGUCCGUUAUCGUGUGCGAAACAGUUUGUCCGUCGAUGUCUCGUUGUUCUGUGUCUGUCAUCAGACAGCAGUGUCCGCCUCGGUGGGGGGGUUGUGAGGUCGGUACCCUCAGUUGUUGUUCUGUACAUCCUUUGAUUAGAUCAAGGUGGUUGAUCCUAGUCUAAGCAGUACGAGUAGGAACACAAUGUGCUUCAUAAUCCUAAGUACAAAAUGUGCUGAAGCUUGGGAAAGGAAGAGAGAAGGUCUUAAAUCACUUUUUUGUGUGUUUGUCCUGUUCUCAUUAUUACGAGACAAACAUCACUGCAGAGGCCACUUUCUUAUAUCCUCUGCUGUUUGAAAGGCUGCCUCUAUAGUUCGACGGAUGAAGGAAAAGCUUUUAAAUCACAGGGGCACAAAGAUGGCCUGAUUUUAGCUGAGGAUCAUGUUUAUUUGUCAGAAAAUUGUGUGUUUGAGCGCAACACUUAUUGGGAGCAUGGGCAGGUUUGUGGUGCAGUUUUUGCUUCGUGUCACGAAGGUUACCUGCGAUACUCUUCAAAGCCCCCAGGUGUGUCUCUGAGGUGAGCUAACACUGACACGGACUCAUCCUCUGUACAUGUCCGAACAAAAACCUUCUCGCUUGUGUUUUUGUUUUUGGCUUUUGAACUGAGACUGGCUUACUUCUCAUCGGUUCAAGCUAAUCAAAGUAUAUGGUGCCUAGAUUUACAUUUUUAAGGAAUUCUUUAGUUUGAUGCUGCUAUGUGAAAGAACGUGUGUGUAUUCUGUAAAUUGUGUAUAUUUGUACAAUAAAUGGUUAAAUAUUUUUUAGCAGUGCUUAGCAGUCUGUUUCUGAAAUAUAAACAGCACAUAGUUCAUGUGAUCUUUGCAAAAAUAGUAUUUAGCAAUAGUAUUCACACUUUUUCCUUACUCUAGUUGAUGCUGGUUGAUAGGAAAUUAGCUAUUGUGAAAAAAAGACAUACCUCUCUAUAUUUGAUCCGUGAGCUGUGCUGGGCUGAGGCCUUUGAUUGUACAUAACAUUUUAAAAGCCUUUAGCGAGUGUUUCUCCUGAGUACAAACUCAGAUUAUUUGGUUCUAACUUGUAGCCCCUUUUUGUGCCUCUUAUCUAUUACAGUCCUGGUUCUAUAAGAGCUACGAUGCUGUGUGAAAUGUAGAUAAGAAAUAGAAUUGUAAUGGUUUGUGAAUCAUUCAAAGCCUGUAUUUUAUUGAAAAUGAUGCAAACACACAACGAAUUACUGUUUUAGCUGAAAUGUGUUGUUUGAUUUGUAGAGGAUAAAAUACAAGCUCAGUUUAAAUUGGAUGUCAGUAAAAUGUUUUGAAAUAGUUUGAACCCAGACAACAGUACACUGAAAAAAAAGUUGUUUAAAGGGAUAUUUGUGGCUAAAGAGUGGCUUUUUGGUCAAGCGCGUGGCUCUUUGUAUUGCUAUCGUGUGGUCGUUACUAAAGUUGGUUUUACUAGAGAAGCAAGUGGUCGGCAACAUUCAUCUCUCGGCAGGGUGUCUAACUUGGUGUAACAGUGUGUUUGACCCUAACUUAAUCUUAUGCCGGAGUAUCCCUUUAAUGCUUUAAAAAAACACUUGGAAGUAAAUCUGCCAACUAUUAACACUGAUUUGCAAUCGGUUAGUAACAUGAUUGAGUUCAGAAAGUGCACUCAACGGAGGCUUAGUCUAUCAGAAUUAAAGAUGUGAAAAGAUUCACCACAGUAAUAGACAUGACUCUGUAGUGGAAUUCACUGCAUGGGUUCAAAACACUCAUAAGCCGUUGUCUGUCCUUAAGCUUAUAUAGGAAAACCCUUGAUGUUAUGGAGUGCCAAUGUCACAGUUAGUUUACAUAUAAGAGCGGUUUAAAAUGGUAAACAUGGCCGUAUAUAAAAAUUUUUUAGAGGUGAUGCUGGCAUUGAAUUUGAAAUGAGCCCGUAAGGUAUUUUUUCCUCAAAGUAACAUUACUCAGUUUAGACAUUUGUUAUGUUGUUUUUGCACCAUAAUCAAUCAGAUAUAGGCUGUGAAGGAUUUGCAAAACAUCAAAUUAUGUUUCAAUCAACAUUUGACACUGACCCUAGCUCUUUCUGGGGUUUCAUUUACAAGAAAACUUAAUAUUUACAGUGGUUCUCUGAAAAGUAGUUACCAGACCACCUUUGACUAUCUGAAAGUAUACAAGUAUUUCUUAAGAACUGCCACUGAUCACUCUGUCUUGUUGAAAAAAAAACAUUUUUGAGGAAUUUAUCUUGUUCCAAAGAUGGAAAACAAGUUUGUGAAUUAAAUCGUUAUGGUUGACUUUUCUUGUAUUAUGUAGCAUAUAUUGUAUUUCUUUUUCCUUUUACAGUUAAAGUUACUCAAAUUAUUGUCAUUUAAAGACCAUUUGAAAAAGAAUAUUUGGACACACCAUUUGAAAUCUGGUUCUGCAUAAAUUUUCUCUCUCUUAGAGUUGGACAUUGCUCAGUUGAUAACACACAGGAAUCCAAAAUCUUUAUUCAGAUAUUUUUCUUUUGUUUCUGAAAUAUUGUGCAUACAAGUUAGAAUUGAAUCUCUGCCACAUUGUCGUCUCAUCUUGCAGAGGACCGAUGUUUUAUAUGCUUAUCCGGCAAGAUCUUUUUUUUUUUCAGUUGUAAUGCAUUUAAAGAUCUUAUGCUAGACUGUGGGUUUGAAUGUUAUGGCAAUAUGGCACAAACAGGGACUACUUAAAUUAUGACUCUGAUCUCACAUUGAAGCCAAACUGAUCUGAGUUCAGCUUUAUUUUGCCUUGUCAGCAGCUAGUAUGUACAGACACAAUGCCCAAACUCUACCCUCAUUGUUACUGAAGGCCAAUGCCUGAUUUAAGACUGUUACCUUGCUUAGUUUUGACUGUAAAAAGGACUGUUUACUUCUGCUUAUCGAGAUAGUAUUUACUCUAUAUUUGUACUGACUUUAUUUUGUAAUGCCAAAAAUUGAAAAGUUAAAAGAAACAAAGAGGCCACAUUAGUACAACUAAACUUAUUUGCCAAGAAUAGAACAAAACCUGAAACCCUGUUGAUUCAGGAUUACUAAAGACUGUUUGUCUCCCGGGAAACCAAGCGUUCUCCUUUUCCUCCUGCAGCUAAGAGACAGCUGGGUUUAUACGAGUAUCUAUAUGUGAAUCUUUGUGGAAUAGUUCUGAUUGAUAUUGCUAUUAAGUGUGGUGUCCUUUUAGGGUAUCCUUGUGCAUUUCUACCUGCAGCUCUUACUGUGUUAAACGCAUGUGUGAGAGAGCUGUUGUGGGCCGCGUUGUUGUGAUGUCAAAUCAUUGUUGCUUCUUAUCAGGCCAAAGUUGAUCGUUGUUGAAGACAUGAUAUUUGUCAAUAUAAGUAUUCAAACACUCUUAUGGCGUCAUGAAUAUCAAGUUCAUUUUGUACCUUGAUGUAUAGCAAAAGGCAAAUUAUGAUGUAAAUCCAAACAAAACAAUGCUCUUACAUUUUUUUAUACUCAUUUGGUGGCUUUGUCCCAUUACGUUUCUUUCUCUGAUGAGUGGAUUUGUUUGUUUUUUUUUAGAUUGGAUUUAAGUUUUUUUCCAUUUUGAUGCUCAUUUGUAUUAUGUUGAACCCAGAUAUCUGUGCUACUUUAUUUGACAAAAACUGUGGAUUUUGUGUCAAAAUAAAAAAGUGCUUCUAGAAA